AUGGGGGAGCGCCCUGCAAACACACCUGAAAGAAAACCAGUAAUACUUGCACCUCGCCAUCGCCUCGAUCUUCCCCCUCUUGAGCUGCUGCUCUCCCCUGCCGGAGAGCCAGGAGUCACCGUCAAAGCGUUCGUCGACAUACCCACCCUCAGGUUUCACACCAGACUUCGAAAUGAUCAAAGCGCCAUCCGGCCUACUCCCCACACCACAACCCCAAAUUCCUCAUCUGAUCUCCCUGUCCCUUGCCCUUGUCAGCUCCCUGCACGGCGGCUGCCAAAGCUGGAUGAUCGCAUCAAUCGGAAUUUGGGCGAAUCAUGGUGGUUCCAAGUCCUUUCUGACAGGUACCCGACGGGCAAAGUCUCCUUAGACCGCUCGACCUCGAAGCCAUGCUCGCCUUAUGGAGGAGAAGCGAGAGAGGAGGGGUGCGUCUCCAUUCCGCAGAGUCUCUACAUACAUAGGCAUAGCCUGGAUAUCCGGAAUACGAAGGCUCGAGUCGAUGUCGGUAACAAAGUUGCAGAUGAGAGGCAGAAGUGGGUUAUCGACGCACUGUUACCGCACCUCCAACCGGCUCACAAGGUCGAUGAACUAGACCCACAGAUUGCAGACGGCAGUGGUUGCGUGUCACCGCGGCUCAUGUCUGUCGAGCAUCGCCUGCUCUUCGGCUGGGUGGAAGGCUUCCUUGCUUUCUCCGCGGGCCGAGUCUUUGACGGUGUAGCCUCUGCUCAUGCCUGCCAUUUAUCGUCGGCGGCCGACAACAUCCUGGAAAAUUCGAAAUCCCAUCACCGCGAGGUUACCAUUGUCAAGGCCCGGGAAUAUCCCCACCCGGCCCCCAUGCCGGAAAACAAUCUCGGCCUCGUCUUGUUGCUCCCGAUCUACUUUCACCGUAAUGGCUGCUACCGUUCCAUCGCAACAUCCCAUCUCAUGAACGGCGGAGACGGCAAAGAAGACUGCCUCAUCUCCGUCGACGGGGUCUCCCGACGCGGCUAUUUUCUCAAGCUUUCUCUGUUGCCGCGUUUCUGGCAGAACUUUCAACAUUCGGAGACAACUUCAAAUGGGGACUUGUCCGCUCAUCUUAACUCUGUGCAUCUGCUCAAUCGCGAAGUUGCAACCUUGUACUCCGUAGUCAAGUUGGGUUGGAGGCGAUCAUACCAAAACACGCUCACCGCUUGCUUCCCCUCUAUGACUAUUUUACUUGAGGGGCCCGAGGGUGUUUUGGACACAUUCGAGAUCCCUGGAAGAAGGCUCACAGACGUUCCUCACGUCAUCCUCGCUGGCCGUUCGGCAGAUAUUUGUCGUCCACCACAUGCGCGGCCGGAAGAUGUUUCGGCUCGAUUGAGCCACUCAGAUGUCAGACAACCAGCAUCUGAUAUAACGAAUGACGGUCUGUCAUCCCAACGUCAUCGUCCCGUGACUUCUGCUCUACUGCGAUGGCGACGCAUGUUUCUCGCCGUCAUCUCACCCUGA